GGGUUACGUCACGUCAUAGUUGUGUUGCGUACCCGCGCGGCCGAGAAGUUGAGCUGAAUGAACCCAGACUUUGCAGGAUGGAAGAUUUGCCGUGGCUGCCCUCAUCUAGCAAAGUAGUUAACCAAAGUGGAGGCUAUUUGAGCGUUAUCGUGAACUCUGAGGAAGAACUCACAACCCUCUUAGAAAACCACAAAAGAGCCACACUCACUUCAUUCAACAAGUGGUCUGUCAAGUUCAAAGAUGCUGGGAAACUCAGGCUGCUUUGGCAAGUGGAGGAUUACUCUGAAGAUACCCCACUUUGUGUCACAAAGAGAGUCAUUCGGGACUGUCAACAUGGGAAAGCAUCACGUGCGCACACAGCUAAGCAGGUGCAUUCACUGGAACAUGUGUAUACAAAGAAAAAACUACAUAUUCAGAAAAGGAAGAAAGUAGACUGUCCAGCAAAGAUGUUUAUAAGGCAUGUGAAGAGGUAUGACACGUUUAGUGUUAAAGGAGAGGCCACCAGAGCCAGAAAGGAAGAAACCAUGAAAAGGUUGAAGCAAGAACUGGCCCAAACAAACCCACCAACCUCCACAUUUAUCCACGUCAAACUUCCAUUAGUGGAAGCUCACCAGAACCACUCCAUUAACAUUGGGUGUUGCUUUGGAAGACGAAUCCACCCCAUAACUUUUGCGCAAAGGACCUGCAAAAACCAUAUGAAGUAGACCAGGCCUACUUUCCAUCCAACACAACUAUCCAGAGUCAUAUACACAAGGCCUUAGUGGCAGGCCGUCAUUCUGAAGGAGGAGGAGCAGGGAGCCAGGAAGGAGGAGGAGCGGGGAGCGAGGAAGAAGGAGGAGCAGGGAGCCAGGAAGGAG